GUAGUGUUGUACGCAUCUCUAUAGUCUCCUGCUCUCCUUCUGUGACUUGCCUGAAAAGUUUUCUGAGGGUAUUUACAGAGCCAUCGUUCUCUUUCUAUACGAAGAAGAAGGAACUCAAGAAACAAGCCAUCACCAUGGAAGCAUCGAAGACAAUUGAACAUGAGAUCGGAGGUCUAAAGAACGAUGCACUGCGUUUUGGCCUUCAAGGCGUCAAGAGUGACAUUGUCGGAUCUCAUCCUCUCGAAUCCGCCUUUCAAACGGCAGUCGUGAGAGAAGCGGAGAUGAAAAGGAAAAUCCUUGCAAACACUUAUGGCUCCGCUUUUCCGUUAAAGCAGGAGUUUGAUCGGAAAAUCCUUUCUAGAUUUCAAAGGCCUCCCGGACUUAUACCAUCCUCCAUGCUUGGAUUAGAGUCAAUUACAGGAGCGUUGGAAGAUUUUGGUGUUGAAGAUUACCUCCAAGGUGCCCAUGACACUGAAACAAUGCGCAUUCCAGACAUGCAUCAUGGAAUGGAAGUUCGUGUUGGACUCUCAAAGGGACCAGUUCAUCCCAGUUUCAUGUGAAGCAAGUGUUUCAUUGCAUCUAUGCUUUUCAGUCUUGCAGACAUUUGUGGUUUGGCUUUAAAUAUGAACCUGAACAUCUGCCUCUACAUUGCAUAUUUUAUUGUGAUCUAUCGUUUUUAGAUGUAUGUAAAACCUGUUAUUUCGUAUUAUUGCUACUAUUUUGUUUACAAAUC